CUUAACCAAUCGGUGAACGUUUUGAAAGCUCGGUAGCCAUAUUUACAAUGGUGGACAGCCGAUUUAUUUGAAAAAAAACCCAUUGUGUGUGUUUGUUCAUUUUUACCUUCUCAAUGAACGUAGAUUUAACCAAUGAUAUAUUCCAAUAAAAGAUGGGGUAAAGAUCCUCCAAUACUAUGCAGACAUUUUGCGUACAAGAGAAAAAGGAUAAUACCGCCGCCCUCAAUGUUUGCAGAUGCUGCAUUUGAGAUGCAUUAUCUCAAGAAAAAUGUAGUCAACAUUAUAAAAAAGUAACCAAAAAUAAUAUUCUUUAAUCGACAUGGUUAAAGACAGUGAAAAAGACAGACUUUCAGAUCCCACCUAUGCAAAGUGGUUGCUAGAUGCCAUCAACAAAGUUAAACACCAGAAACAGAGACCAAAUUUUACCAGAAUUUGUCAUGCUGUUCGACAGUUUCACCAAGUAAGCCAGGAAUCCAUUGCUGAACAGCUUGAACACACGGUGAAAGAUGGAAUAAUUUUAAAAGUUGCCAGCAAAGACGGAAUUUGGACAUACCGUGACCCCUCUGGGGUGACGCCAUGCAAGAAUAGGAGUUUGAAAGUCACUCACAACAUGGAUUUAACAAAGAUAAUUGUGAAAACAAUUAAAGAGCUUGCAGAUCCACAGGGUUCAAAUCUAAAAAAGAUAAAGAGUUACAUUAUUUCUACAUAUAACUUGGAUGUGGAGGAGGGAGCUGAGUUAGCAGAACAACUGAAAGUGUCAUUAAAGAAAGGUUUGACAAGUGGUCACCUUCAGAGAGAAGGGCAUUAUAUUAAGUUGGGAGACAAAGGCCUGGACGAGUCCACAACCAGUUCUAGUAAUUCAGGAUCUCAUGAUGAAGAUUCAACCAGUGACUUGUCCUUUUGCUUUGAGCAGAAAACAAAGUGUGCCAAACCCAUUUUAAUCUGCUGCUUUUGUCUCGGUGAUGAAAACAAGAACAGAGAGGGUCUGCCAGAGGAUUUAAUUUCUUGUGCUGAGUGUGGCAACAGUGGUCAUCCAUCAUGUCUGAAGUUUUCUCCAGAACUGACAGAGACGGUGAAAAAGCUGCGAUGGCAGUGUAUUGAUUGUAAAACAUGCUCCUUUUGCCAGAAAUCGGGUAGAGAGGACAAUAUGUUGUUUUGUGAUUUGUGUGAUCGGGGCUUCCACAUGGAGUGUUGUGAUCCACCUCUUACCAAAGCCCCUAAAGGUAAAUGGAAGUGUAAUAUCUGUGACCCAGACAGGGGGAAUGGGAAGGGGAGGCAUUUCUUGGAGAUGGCAGCAAAGUUGGCAAAAAAGCACAAACCAAGCAAAAGCAGUCACAAAGAGAAGAGUGAAGCAACCAAAUGUCCUACUCCUGGCUGUGAUGGAACAGGAAACAUUAAUGGCAAAUCAGCCUAUCACAGAACACGACUGGCAUGUCCGAUGUUGACAGCUCAACAAAGACGAAUAUGCAGAAUACAGAAAAAAUACAGAAACAAUAAAAAUGGGGAUGUGUCGGAAUCUGAUGAAGAGACUGGUAAUGUUGACAAGUCUAAAAGCAGACGAACUAAAGAGCACCCCUCCUCUACUGAUGGGUCCCAUGAUUCAUUAGACGAGGAUCUGAGCGACACCUUUGAGCCAUUUUUCAACAUCGACAAGCCUAAAGGUUUAGUCGAUGGUCUUUCGAAAUUUUUCACCCCAACAAACAAACGCACCUCUCGUGUUUCUCUUAAUUCAUAUAAUGCAGAUAUGGCAGCCAUUCCAAAAUUCAAAAAGAUGAGUGAUCAGACCAAAAGUAAUUCUCAACAGGCUGCAAAUCGUCUGAUAAAAAGAUCAAAAUACUUGCAAGCUAAUAAAGCUCGCAAAAACUGUGUAGAACCACAAGUUAGUGGUCAGUUAAAAGGAUUAUUUGAUGGGCUGUCACAUUUAUAUACUGCUCAGGGGGAUCGAACCAAGUCACAUGAACAGUCAAAUAAGGAUUCAAGCAAAAAAAAUUCUAAAUAUGACUUCAUUCCAGUUAUUGACGAAUCAAUGUUUACAUCAGUGAAGGACAAACUAGUAGAAAGUGAUGAUUCAUCAGUUUCUUCACCAUCAUCUGCAGGUGCUUCAUCAUCAGAUUCUUCAUCAGAUGAUGAACAAGAAACUUUUUUUGCCACACCGUCCUUGAGCAGUUCAAACAGCUUUUUAACUGGGAAUUGUAGGGGUUUAAUAAAGAGGAGGGGUGCAGGAAGAGGUAAGAAACCUCCGUAUGAAAGAAAGUUGGGGAUGGGAAAGGGGAUUAAAAGAGGCAUUGGAAGGGGACCUGGUAGACCACCUUGGAAGCAUUUGAUUGGAUCAGUGUACUUGGGAAGGGAAAGGGUAAUAGGCAAGGACAAAGUAGAUAAUCUUAAGUUCAGCAGAGGACGUGGAUUAAAAAGGGAGAGGGGCAUGAGUCAUGAUGGAAGGCUAAGUGAGAGAACAGAACCAGAGAAGAAUUUCUUCAGUCCAAAAACUGCUUCUACGUCAUCCCCAAAAGGACAAGGGCGGGAAACAGUGUCCCAUAAAAAAUCACUGACUGGCAAGUCACCCCAUACAACGCCCCGAGGCGGAGGACGUGGUGCAGCGGGUGGAAAACGCCCAUCGAGUGUCGGUUCACACUCUUCGGAUAACUCAGAUGAGGAUGAUGUGGACCCUUCAUCUGAAUUACCACCCGGAGUCACCGAUGAGGAUGUUGAGUUGUUUAAGCAGGCACAAGAGAAAGCUCAAGAGGCUCUACUAGAGGAUGCAGCCAGACAAAGUGGAGAUUCCCAGGCUACACCUGCCACAGUGCCCCUCCCAGCAGCCCCUGGAGGUCCGGGCAGGUUCCCACCAUGUAUUGAGUUUGGAAAAUAUGAAAUUCAGACAUGGUAUUCCUCCCCAUAUCCACAGGAAUAUGCAAAGCUUCCUAAGCUGUACAUCUGUGAAUAUUGCCUGAAAUACAUGAAAAGUCGCAAUAUAUUGCAACGUCAUAUGGAAAAGUGUGACUUGUUGCAUCCGCCAGCUAAUGAGAUUUACAGGAAAGGGGACAUAUCUGUGUUUGAGGUGGAUGGAAAUGCCAGCAAGAUAUACUGCCAGAAUCUCUGCCUGCUGGCCAAGCUGUUUCUGGAUCACAAGACAUUGUAUUAUGAUGUGGAGCCAUUCCUCUUCUAUGUUUUAACAGUGAAUGAUGAGUAUGGGAGUCACCUCAUUGGGUACUUUUCUAAGGAAAAACACUGCCAACAGAAAUACAAUGUUUCAUGUAUUAUGACCAUGCCACAGUACCAGAGGAAGGGAUAUGGAAGAUUUCUCAUUGACUUCAGUUACAUGCUGUCACGUGUGGAGGGACAUCCUGGUUCCCCAGAGAAGCCUCUCUCUGACCUGGGAAAAGUCAGUUAUCUUGCCUAUUGGAAAAGUGUCAUUAUAGAAUACCUCUACAAGUACCAAGACUCAAGGAUUACCAUAAAAGGAAUGAGUCGUGCCACUGGAAUGUGUCCGCAUGACAUAGCUCAUUCUCUACAGAUGUUGAACAUGGUGGCUCAGAAAGAUGACAAGAUUGUGAUUGCUGUAAACAAAGAGCUGGUAAAAGAACACAUGGGAAAACUAGAGGCCAAAAGGCAUCUUAGGAUUGAGCUUGAUCAAGACUGUCUCCGGUGGACACCACUGAUUUCUAACUACGUCAUCAGCGAAGAAGAGCGGAAGGCAGAAACAGAACUCCGAGAAAUGACUCAAAUGGUAAACAGUAUAGCAGAAGACAUGGAGUGGAUUGAAACAGUCAGUCCUACAGUCAGUCCACAGAAAGGUCGCCUUUUCCUUGAUGUCCGUAGUCCUAAAAUUAUGGAUGCAUUAGCAAGUCCCACUAAACUGGCGGCCGAAGCCAAAAAUUCCACAAGUCCCUUUAAAACAGAGGAAACACAGAUUAAAACACCCCUUAAAGAGGAUAGCGAUGAAUCAUCAGACUCUGAGAUGGAGGACAAACCAGUGAAGCCAAGGAAAGAAUCUCCUAAAAAGGAGGAAACACCCAACCUUCCAAAACGAAGGGUUGGACGACCACCUGGGAAAAGGAAGCUUCGAGAAUCAGAUACAGAACCUCAACAGUCCAAAAAGAAAUUAAAGGAAAAAGAUUUACAAGACAUUGACUGUGUUGAUCUUAGUGGGAAAGAGAAUAAUGAACACACUGAUAAGCAGGACAGUGAAUCCAAAAAAACAGAGGAAGUGCCUAAACCCAAGGGCCGCAGGGGCUGGCCCAAAGGAGUACCCAGGAGGUCUCCUGUGGUGUCUACCCCUCAAAAGAAGAAGGGGAGGCCACCAAAGAAUUUUCAAAAUACUUUGGUAGAAUCUAAAGUGGAGGUCUCCUCAGAGAAAAAUCACACAAAGACUAAUGAAAAACCUGAAUUCUGUGACAAUGGCAGCUGUGAUAUUAAAAACCAGUCUUCCUGCGAAGAAAGUGCUCUAUUUUCCAAAACCAGUGAUGAGCAUGAUGACAGUGUUAAAUCCCCGGGUGGAAAUAUUGAUCUAGAUGAUCUGUCCAAAGAGCUUGCAUCUGGUCCGAAAGACUUGGACAUUUCAGACAGUGAUGAAAGUGACAAUGAAAAUGUGAGUCGGGAAAUUGAAGAAGCUGUGCAGGCUUUAAAAGAUGCAGAACAAUCUGACAUGGAGGGCAUACAGGAUGAUCUGAAUGAUAUGGUGAAGAAGGAUGAUGAUGAGACGGAGCAGCAGAGAGAGCAACAGAUGCCCGAUGACCUACCUAUCCCUGAACCUAGCCCUGCUCCUAUUACAAUUGGAGAUUCUGUCUCAGAUACCAACAGUGAUGUUCCAGCCCCUCUAACACCUCAGGUCCCCACCCCCAGCAAAGAUUCUUCUGCACCUGAGUGCAGUUUGAUGAAGUCCCAUCCACAAGAGGAUACCCCAAUCACAAGACAAAACAAAGACUCUUUGCAAGAGAGCAAGUCAGAGAGUAAGUUGGAUGCAAUGAGAACAUCUGGGUCACCCGAGGACCCUGCUCAUGAAACAGAUGAUGAUGACAUUCCUAGUGAUGAUAAUUUCCCAGAUGAUGAUGUAAACUCUCCAUCACUGUGUAACACGGGGAAUUUUGAGAAUUCCUUGAAUAAUGAUAUCCAAAAUAACUUUGAACAAAUUGCAAACACAAGUGCUAAUAAUUCAAUCCAGUCCAAUGAACAAAUGACUCCACAAAGUAACUUGAGUGUUAACAAUUGUGUAGAAACUCCCCCUUCUGUCCCAUCAGUGAAGCAUUCUCCUCACUCCACUACACCACAACAUCAACCAAAUUUAGUUCAGCAACCACAUUUGCAAAACCAAACUUGUUCCAACAUGCAGCCUGUCUUCACACCACAACCAAAUGGCAUGAAUCUUCGGCCAAGUUCAAAUCUUGGCAGCAAUUACGGAGCUGUUGACAUUGAUGUUGUUACUCAGAUGGACUUGGAAUCUCCAACCUCUAUAAGCAGUAGUGAACUGCAGAAUCCUAUUAGUUCUGGCAAUGAUACAGCUGGUGUGUCCAAUGUUCAGGCUCAGACACUUAGUAGCAUGCAGAAUACAGCACCAGCCCUGAUUGGCAGCUUCUCAGAUUGUGCACAACAGAUGCCACAGCCAUACCAGCAAAUUAAUGUGAUGCAAGGUGCUCGUUACAUGGACAUGGUUAACAGUAGUUCUGCUGGUUACAAUAUGUCAAUGGUAGCACCUUCAACAUUGUCAACAAACACAAUGCCUUACUGCUCCACACCUGCAAGUUCUUAUACAUCUGUGUUGCUGCAGCAGAAUUCCACACAAAGGUUAACCCAUAGUGCCACUCCCUGUCCCUUACCUCAGGGUCCCAUAAACAGACAGAACAGUGCUCCGGCGGGCUAUACGGGAAACAGCUGUAGUCUAGCCAAGCUUCAGCAGUUGACCAAUGGUCUGUCUGAUCUGAGUGGCAUGCCAGAGAAUCAGAUGACUCCUCCUCCUACAAUGACCCCACCUCCUCCUCACAUGACACCCUCACCUUCCAUGAUUCGUAACCUUGCCACCCCCCCAGUUCCUAAUCUCCCUUCACAGACAGUCUCUGGUGCAUCCUUGCAUCAGAACUACAAACAAUACCAGAGGCAGCGAAACACUCGUAAAAGUCCUAACAUUUCAGUGAACCCCAACAUGACCUCAUUUACACCAAAUGUGACAAUUCGCACUGGAUCCAACAUGAUUGUAGGCAAUUAUAGUAAUAUCGACAUUUACCGAAUGCAGCAACAAACUUUAAACCAGAGUUACAUGAAUCAUCAUAGCUUCAUAAACCCGCGACUACAGACCCCACAGAUUCCUAUGCAGAUGUUUCCAAACAUGAAUAUGAAUGUAAACCCUGCCCAGCAACAUUUCCAGCAGCAUAUGCAACCCCCACAGUCCAACAACAUGUAUGCUUACGGUUACAUCAACAGUCCGCUUGGCCCUUCCCUUAACAAUGGGGUCAUGAGGAGGUAGUUGCUAUUGACUCUUUGUGAUAUUAGGUGUAGAAUAAUAUUCCUAAUUUAUUUUGUUUGCCUUUAUGUGAGCAAUUCUGUGAAAACGGUAGUGUAUAUACUAGUUUUAUUCCAAGUGUCCUAAAAACAAACUGCAGCAUCAUUUAACAUAUUUAAGUGUAUAAUAAAUAAAUGUUAAUGAGAUUUUCUGAUUUGAGGUGCAAUAAAUAAGAGUGUAAUAAAUAUGUGUAUUUGAAAAAUGAUAACAUGAAUUUGAAAAAAAAAGAAAGUUAUAUCUAAAGCUUCUUGGUGAUUGUUCUACCUCAGCAGAAUUAAUGAAAAAUCACUUCUUAGGUGUUUGUGUGUAGUGUUUACUAAUAGUGUUUCCUGACUAGCGCCAGUGAUGAUAACAUUGCUUGACAACAGAAAAGGCCAGUCCAGUAUAUGUAUCAUGCAACACCACUAAGUGUUUCUAUCAAUUGUAAACCUAGAAAUUGCGACAAGUUUUAUAGUGAAACUAUUUUUGGUAUUAAUAUUUUUUUCAUUGAGGUGCAAGAUAACAUUUUGUAUCAUUUUGAGUCUGCUGACUUGUGAAAUUAUUAGUAAGAAAGAGAGGUAACGUAAAGCUACACUGUUACUUGCACUUCUCAAACAGCAUUGGUUGGGGUGUGAUGACCAUGGUGUUGAUGUUUUCUGUAUUCUGGUUUUUAAGUUUAGUAGUUCAAAUUUUUUAUAAGUUAAGGUUAGAAUACCUUAGUCUUUAUCUUAAGAUAUUUUUUAUUUAAUUUUAUUUUUUCAUGGGCAAAAGAAACCAAAUAGGCUACCAAGACCUUUUCUGGUAGCAUAAAUGUACUUGUGUGUAUAUAGUGAGUCGGAUGCCACGUAGAGGCUUGAAGGUUGAAGCAUUACCAUUGUUCAUUAGACAUCAUUUUUUCAUCUAUUUAUCAUAAUCAACAUGACCAACAUUUAAGAAUAUCACUCGUGACUCUAUUUUUUGUGCAGUUUGUACAUAAUUUUCAUUCAUUUGGAAUGUGCAUUUAAUUAAAAUGAGAAAUAAAUUAUGAUUUUUCCUUGAA